AUGUCUCGUUCAAACAAAGCUAUCUAUAUGCUUGCACAUGGCAAACAUGAAAUUCGCGCUAUCGAAGAGCCAUAUCUCCCGCAAAAGGCACAGUCUUUCGUAGAAGUGCAAUACUCAGCCAUCAACCCAGCUGAUACUCGCCACUCAUACAUGAACAUGUCAGAGUACGUCGCUGGCUACGAAUACACCGGCACCGUUCGACAAGUUGGGCCCGAAUCUCCCUUCAAAAUCGGCCAAGAAAUCUUUGGGCAAUCGCUGCCGUAUGACCACCGACCUAAUUACCUCGGUGCGCAUCAGAGCUUCCUCUUAGCGGAACCUCUCAUGGCCUUUGAGAGGCCUGCGCAUCUUGAUCCUAUCACCGCUGUAACGCUUGUCGUUGGCAGUGCAACUACCUUUGAUGCUCUGUUCAAUGUGGCAGGGUAUGGCUUCCCGCUCGCUGGCAUCUCUGGCGACGAUCCGAAGAACGAGCCGAUUCUUAUCUGGGGCGGUGCGGGCGCUGUUGGUCAGGCUGCUAUUCAGAUUGCCAAGGCAGCUGGUUUCGGUCCCAUUAUCACGACUGCUUCACCCCAUAACCAUGAAGCCUUGAAGAGGCUUGGGGCCGAUGAAGUCUUUGACUAUCGAAGUACUACAGUCGUGAAGGAUAUACGUGCAUAUCUGGAAAGGUCGGGCAAGUCACUGAAGACUGUUUUCGACACAGUUUGCGCUGGUCUCGGUGUUUUCGAAGGUCUUUCGCCCGAAGAAGAAAAGGCGCUGGAGGAUAAAUACAAUCAAAGCUCACCAGGUCUUUCCCGCCAGUGCUGUGAUCCCAACAUACCGUCAGAAGAACUACGUCUAGUAUCAACUCUUCUUGUAAAGAAGGAUCUGACGUGGAAGUUCACUUUGAGUGUCAGGGUUGUAGAGCAAGUCGACUUUGCAGUUGAAGCUCAAGAUCGAAGCGAUGAAGAGAGGAAGAAAGAGGAGAAUAGGGUUAUCGAGUGGCAGAAGCGCAUCGAACAGGGUAUUCAUUGGCUGGCUGAGAACCAUGAACAGUACUGGGAGGCGCCGAGGUUUAGGAUCUUGAAGGGAGUGGAGGAGGGGAUUCAAGGUAUUCGUGAUGUUUGGAAUGGCAAAGUGAGUCGCGAGAAGCUAGUCAUUGAUCACAGAGUUUGA